GGAAUAAAAGGACCAACCUCUCAUAGAUAAAAUAACUUUGGGUACAGGUUGCUGCUAUACUGAUGGAGACUUGUACCAAUAAUUAUUCAGUGUGUGUGUGAGAGAGAUAAUUUCCUUUUGACUUGAUCAAUUACGUUGAAGUCGAUCUACACAACUGUCUUCAGCCUUCACUGCGUUCAUCAUUCGGUGUACACCAUCUUCCUAAUUAAUUCGAUCCCAACUCAAUUAAGCAGCAGGAAGGUGAUGGGAUAUGGAUGUUUCUCAGCCUCACGUAGUGAUUUUGCCUUUCCCUGUACAAGGACACAUCAAACCCAUGCUAAUGCUAGCACAGCUUCUUUGCAAUGCCAAUUUCUAUGUCACCUUUGUAAACACACAUCACAACCACAAUCUCAUGUUCAAAUUGAUCAUCAACAGUACCACUUUCAAGGCCCUCUUUCCUACACUCCGUUUUGAGGUCAUCCCAGAUGGACUUCCACCUGAACAUCCACGCUCUGGUCCACAAUUCCUUGACUUAAUGUUCUCUAUUGUGUUUGCGCCCAAGGCCAAGUUCAAGGACAUAUUGUUAUUGGGCCAAGAAACAGGGCAUUGGCCGCCACCCACAUGCGUAAUAGCAGAUGGAAUGAUGUCUUUCGCCAUUGAUGUUGCAGAAGAGCUCCACAUUCCGGUCAUCACUUUUCGAACCCAUAAUGCUUCCUCCACCUGGCUUUACUUCCAUAUUGAAAACCUCAUUCAACAAGGAGAAAUUCCAUUUCAAGAUGAUGACAUGGAUAGGCCUAUUGCUUGCAUUCCGGGUUUUGAGAGCCUCUUGCGACGUCGAGACCUACCAAGCAUUUGUAGACUUGAAGACGCCCAAAAUCCAAUCCUACAAUUCUACAUCACCCAAACAUCAGCCAUGACUCGAGCCUCUGCCCUCAUACUCAACACUUUUGAUGAACUCGAAUCACCCAUCAUCUCUAAACUUGGCUCCCUCUUUCCUAAAGUCUACACCAUUGGUCCUCUUCAUGCCCUCUUCAAGUCUCGAACCACACAUCACACAGAGUCAGAUUCAUCAAAUGGUAGUAUCAGAGAACAAGACAUGACCUGCUUGACUUGGCUCGAUUCUCAGCCGUCCAAAUCAGUAAUAUACGUUAGCUUUGGAAGUGUGGCCAUUUUGACUCGUGACCAGUUAUUAGAGUUUUGGUAUGGCUUAGUGAAUAGUGAAAAACCAUUUUUGUUGGUAAUAAGGGAAGGUUUGCUUUUGGGAGAUGAUAGAGUGGUUGAGAAUCCAGCAGAGCUUGAAGUGGGAACUACAGAAAGAGGGUGCAUAGUGCGUUGGGCCCCACAAGAAGAGGUCCUGACCCAUCGGGCUGUGGGUGGGUUUUUGACCCACAGUGGGUGGAACUCAACGUUGGAAAGUAUUUUGGCGGGUAUUCCAAUGAUUUGUUGGCCAAUAUUAGCGGACCAACAGGUGAAUAGUAGGUGUGUGAGUGAUUUGUGGAAGGUUGGGGUUGAUAUGAAGGACAUUUGUGAUAGAUCAACGGUUGAGAAAAUGGUAAGAAAUCUGAUGGAGGGUAAGAGAAAGGAGAUCAUGAAAUCAAUAGCUGAGAAUUCGAAAAUGGCUUGUGACAGUGUGAAGGAAGGUGGGUCCUCUUAUUGCAACUUAGAGAAGUUAAUUGAAGACAUUCGAUCAAUGGAGGUCAACAACUAAGAAUAUUGCUCAUGUUGGAAAUGAGUGAAGGAAAUUGAAGUAUUGAAGGAAGGCAGUUUCAGGAGUCUGGCUUGUAAACCUUUCAGAAAUCAUCUUUGGCUGCAUGUUGCUAUACAUGGCCUUUAGUUUUGCUGAUAUGUUAGUCUGCUUUUGAAUGUAGUUUUGGCUCUUCUUGUUGUUUUCUGGUUUUUUGUUGUUGUUUUUUAGUGUUCUUGUUUGGUCUGCCAUGACCUGUUUGAUUUGUCCUCCUACUAGCUAGCUAGCUUGUUUUGCUUUGGAGCUUUCUUUGAAAUAAAAAAUCUUAUCGAUCAGAAAAGGAAAAUUUUUAUUUA